AUGAACGCUCUAAACGAGAUCAAACGCAAACGAGAAGCUCGUCGUGCGCAACAGGCCGAAGAGAAGCGUCGAGUGGAAAAAGAACUGAAAGAACACGGCGAUGACGCAGGUUAUAAAUUUCGACGGUUAAUUCAACAAUACCGCGACGCACUUCCUCCCACUCAACAGCAACAAGAAACGCUGCAGCAAUUACCUUUGCUGUCAUUAACCGCAUCCAUACAGCCUCCACCGACGCCAGCGACGCUAGUUAAAGCAGCAGAAGCCCCCCGACUCUCGGUCUUUAUUCGUAAGCGUCCUCUAGCCAAGAAAGAACGCAAGAAAAAGGGCUACGACAUCAUCUCGUGUUUAUUCGCUUCACAGGAUGAAAGCGCCAACAAAACACGUCGAGAACUCGUGUGUCAUGAACCGAAACUCCGCGUGGACUUGUCCGAGACGCUGGAGAACCAUCAGUUCCGUUUUGACGGGGUUUUCGACGAAUGGCAAGAGAACAGCAAGAUCUACGACGCCACGGUUGGACCCAUGGUACCGUAUCUCGUCUCGGAAGCGACUGCCUCGAACGAUACCACCAGCCUCACAGUGUUUGCGUACGGCCAAACUGGCUCGGGCAAGACGUACACUAUGAAGUCCAUUUAUCGACAAGCUGCAGUGGAUUUAUUUCAUCAUCUUGAUGAGCUAAAAGCAACUUCGAGUCGACGCAACUCGCGUAUCACUGCGGGGGUGAGUUUCUAUGAGAUUUAUAUGAAUAAUGUCAACGACUUGCUCAAUGGACGAGCACGUGUGCAGCUUAUGGAGGACGGUGAUGGCGCAGUACAGUUGCCCGGACUGAAAGAACUACCCGCUACCAAUGCGGAUGAACUGCUUGAGCUUGUUCAACGUGGAGAACAAGCACGAGCCACGAGCGCCAAUGCUGUCCACGAUGAUUCUUCUCGCUCGCACGCUUUACUGCGGGUGACGUUGUAUGCCGAAGACCAUAACGCGGCCCUGGCAAGACUCUCCAUGGUCGAUCUGGCUGGUAGUGAGCGUGCAAGUGACACUCAGAGCGACAAGAAGAACACGAGAAUGGAAGGAGCGGAGAUCAACAAGAGCUUGUUGGCGCUUAAGGAAUGCAUCCGCGCGCUGGAUCGAGGUGCAACUCACAUUCCCUUCCGUCAAAGCAAACUUACGCAACUCCUCCGCGACAGCUUCCUUUCGCAAAACUCCAAGACGAUCAUGAUCGCCACUAUUUCACCUUGCUCAGAAAGCUGCAACCACACUCUCAACACGUUGCGCUACGCCGAUAGGCUAAAGGAGAUUGGUGCGGCCAGCUAA